GAGUGAACACAGGAGGACUUGAUAGUCAACUAAUUGCAUUGUGCAUUGACUCAAAGAAAAAGCAGAGAGCAAGUCUUCACACUUAACUUUCUCCAAUUUGUUUAUCAUCCAAUCCAUUUUUUUAUUAUCUUCUUUCUCAUUGAAUGUAAAGAUUAUUUUUUUUCCUCCUUAGCUCAAAGCAGUACUACAGCCAAACAAGAAGUUGACUAACAAUAACUGAAUCCAUUCUAACAAUUCAACCAACCAUAAGAACAACUUUAUCAUCUGUUUCUUACUCUAAGAUUUGCAAUAUCUAAAGGAAAAUACAGAUUUGCAUUUUUGUUGACGGUACCGAUAUAUUGUCUCUUUGAGCCGAGGGUUUAUCAGAAACAGCCUCUUUGUCCCAUUGGGUUAGCGGUAAGGUCUGCGUACACACUACACUUCCCCACUUGCGAGACUGUACUGGAUAGUUGUUGUUGCUAGCUAGUUUUGCAAAAAUGGGAGAGGAGAAUUGUUGGGAGAGAGAGGUAGUGAUAACUGAGCUAACUAAGGGGAGGGAAUUGAUGUGUCAGCUGCAAAAGCAUUUUGAUCCAAUGAAACAGGAUGUAUGCCAGUAUUUAUCUGUGGAAAUACUUUCUUCCUAUGAUAAAGCUCUGUCCCUCUUAAAUGGCACAGCUUUAUCUGGGAUGAAUAAAGGUAAACAGAUUAGUAAUCCAGCACCAUCUUCAUCAACUGGCAAGCUGGAAUCUCUGCAUCUUCUGGCUGAUGCUAGCACAAAGAGUUCUGACCGUCCCUGCAACUCCAGGAAGAGGAAGAUGGUGUCGCGAAGGACAGAGUACGUACGUGCUCGAUCUGGAGAAGAGGUUCCACCUGAGGAUGGAUACAUUUGGAGGAAAUAUGGACACAAAUAUAUUUUAGGGGCAAAACAUCCCAGAGAAUACUAUCGAUGUGCUCGUCGUCGUUUAUCUAGUUGUACGGCUACUAAGAUGGUCCAGCGAAGUGAUACAGAGGCAACAGUUUUUGAAGUUAUUUAUGGAGGAAGUCACAGUUGUGGUCAAGAAAGCAAACUGCAGCAAAAUGGAGAAUUAGUUGCUGCACUAACAAAAGAAACACAAUGUGAUGAAGCUGGAAGAAGAGGGGAAAUAUCUGAAUCCUAUUUCACUGAGAUGGUUUCAACCCCAAAUACUUCAUUCAACAAUUCCUCAACAGGGAUAGUAAACUCCAAUUCAAUCCUCAACAUGACUAAUUCUGAUAUCAUGACAACACCAACUUCAGCACAUGCAGAGGGGAAUUCCUCAGCUGAGGAUCUUUGGACUACAUUUUUUUCUACCUUGAAAUGAGAUUGAUAGUCAAGUAACUAUCUAGUCCAGAUAAAAGCUACUUUUAGGAGGACUUGCGGGUUCUUUUUUAUGACGGUCGUAUCCGAACCAUCUUACUCGCACCUCCACUAAUUCCACAGGGUACCUCCUACCUCUCAACAGCAUAGGUAUCGGAUAACUUUAUCCGCUAAAACUUGGACAGAUGAGAAGAGAUCACCUAAUAUUUUUUUCCUCUGUUGGAACUUGCAAGGCUUUAUUCUAUCAAUAUAUUGAUAAUUAUUGAUGAAUU